CUCCACCGAGGGCAUCCGCUCCAUCACGGGGGGCAUCCGCUCCAUCAUCAAACCCCCGCCCAGGCUGCCCGUGCCCCCUCGCAACGGCCUCACCGUGGAGCUGGGCACAGAGCUGGAGCCCGUGAACGGCGGAGACGGAGAUGGAGAUGGGUCAGAUUCAGAUGGAAGCAAUGAGACCUCUAUCUGAAGAGUCCAUGCAGAUCUCUGUUGUUCCAAGAAGGAUCCACAGUGUCUCCCAUGAGGUUGCGGAGACAGGACUCUACAGGAGCCUGUGGGGGACAAAACUCUACCUGUGGUCCUGGCCAAACACAGCACUUCACUCGUGUGGAGGACAGUCUGCAUGGCUGUGGUCCUCACCCUGGCCUGAGGAGAAAAGGGAAGAAUGUACAGCAAAGAUUGUUGUCCGCCAUGUUAAGAUAAAGACGAGAGGAUCGGUGUUAAAGAUGCUGAAGCGCCUGGACAAGAUCCGGUUCAGAGGGCAGAAGCGUGAUGAGUUCCUGGACCUGGCCGAGUCCCCCAAUGCCUCAGACAGCGAGUGUAACGAUGACAUCCCCCCGCCAAUGAUGAGGCCUCGCCACUCCAUCAAGGAGACGGAGGAGCCUCGAGACCCUGCUGGACAGGGCUCUCUCAGCAUGGCCAUCCAGGACUUCCAGAGGACCGACUCCGAACGGCUCAACGAGGUCAAAGGUCACCUGGAGAUUGCCUUACUGGAGAAGCAUUUCCUGCAGGAAGAGCUGCGGAAAUUCAGAGAAGAAACCAACAUCGAGACGUUAAAACAGGACCUGGAAAAGGAGCGACAGAAAAGGCUGGAGCUGGAACAGAAACUAAACGAAGUUCUCAAGCCAAGAGUGGAAGAUUCCCCACCACAGCCGCCUAGAGCACAACCUCCUGCUGCAAACGGAACAGCAGCAGAAAAACACAAAGAGACCCUGAGCUCUCGACUGCUGAAGUGGAUGUACGACCGCUUCGGUGUUUACAUUGAGGACUUCCGCUUCCAGCCAGAGGAGAACACCGUCGAGGCGGAAGAACCGUUAAGUGGGAAACGCAUGAGGGGGAAGGCCAGGGAGCGAGGUGUCAGGCCUGUGACUAACUUCAUGAGGAACCUCUCUGCCUUAUCAAGUUGGCACUCUGUGUACACGUCAGCAAUCGCCUUCAUUAUCUACAUGUAUGCUGCGUGGCAUGGCUGGGCCAUCCCCAUGUUUCUAUUCCUAGCUAUCCUGAGGUUGUCCCUCAACUACCUCAUCUCCAGGGGUUGGAGAAUCCAGUGGAGCAUCGUGCCUGAGGUUUCAGAAACUGUGGAACCACCAAAGGAGGACUUGACUGUUUCUGAGAAGUUCCAGCUUGUCCUUGAUGUAGCUCAGAAAGCACAGAACCUGUUUGGAAAGAUGUCUGAUGUCUUGGAGAAGAUCAAGAAUCUCUUCAUGUGGGUGCAGCCUGAGAUCACUCAGAAGUUGUACGUGGGUCUGUGGGUGGCCUUCAUAUCUUCCUGUCUGCUGCCCUACAAACUACUGGGCUUCAUUAUGGGUCUUUAUGCCGGCAUCAAGUUCUUCAUCAUCGACUUCAUCUUCAAGAGCUGUCCAAAACUGAGGUCCAAGUAUGACACCCCCUACAUCGUCUGGACCAGCCUGCCCACUGACCCUCAGCUGAAGGACCGGAACAACAUGAACCUGUCCAGACGGGUCCACCCCACGGUUGCCCGGGGCAACCUGGCGGCCAGCGGCGUCCCGGUCGGCCUCAGGGAGGAGGAUGGCGGCCGCAUCAACAGCACCAAGAAGGGAGCCUUCCACGAGGUGUUCAACCUGCCGGAGACGGAGAGGCCCCUGCAAGUGUGUGACAACGGGUGGCGCUGCUGCUUGAUUAACAGGGACAGGAAGAUGCCCACUGACUACAUCCGGAAUGGAGUUCUGUAUGUGACAGAGAAUUACCUCUGCUUCGAGAGCUCCAGCUCCAGAUCGAGCUCCUCAAAGAAGAACAAGGUCAUCAAGCUGGAGGACAUCACAGAUAUCCAGAAGUACAAAGUCCUGUCUGUGCUGCCGGGGUCUGGAAUGGGGAUCUCCAUAGCGACUCCAUACACACAGAAGCCCCUGGUGUUUGGUGCCAUGAUCCACAGAGACGAGGCCUUUGAUGCCAUCUUCACCCAGUACGUGAAGAUCGUCACCCCCGCAGGCGCCACCAACCCCGAGCACUAACCCACAGCCUGCCUCCACCUCCAGCCACCAGCCCACGACCCCCAUCACACUGGAGCAGAACCCCCCCCCAUCCUCCUCUGCCUGGGCACAGAGGGCCUGGCCAUCCCUCCUGGAGUGGGCAGUGUGUGUACUGGACAGAGAGCACACCGGGAAGACCAGCCUGGACUUGUUAGUCUCCCCCACCAGAGUGUGUUUUUUACUUGUGCGUUUUAUGUUGUGUCUACUCCUGCUUUUUUGAGGGGAGAAUGUUUUUUUAACGCCGGGCGGUUAGUCUGUGUCUUAACAUUGCAAUGCCAUAACGGAAUAAGGGGGCUGGACCCUCUGAGCCUGUCUGUUGUCCUCCUAUUGGUCGUUCUCUCCACACACGUGUCAUGCAGGUCAUACGGUUUGCAGUCUCUUUCCCCUGUUUCUGUCGUCCUUACAUGUAUGUUGAAAUCACCACUAGCCUUCUUAGCCUUGCCCUGUAAUAGCUCCACACACACAGAGCACUGUUUGGCAGUAUGUGUUUGUUGAGACAUGAGUACGCAGGUAACAUGGUAUCAUGGCAACAGUACGG